AGGGGGAGUGUGAGGUCGUCAAGGAGCCUCCUCCUCUAGGACUGUUAAAGGUCUGCUUCAUGAAGCCUGGGAAGUAUGAAAGUCCUCAGAACCAACACCAAGUGAUUCCAUUUGGAAAUGACAACAAUGACAUCUUAAACCAAGGUGACGCUUUGCUUUUUCAACAUGAGACAAGAAGGGCAGCUAAGAAUCAGAGGCUGACACAGAAGGUGAUUGAUUAGCUAUCGACCAGUGGUCCCUAACAUUUUUUGAGACCACUGAUGACUAUGAAAAAAAAUGUGAUAAAAAGUAUGGACCCUGCCCAGGGUAAACCAGAAGGAAGAAAAAGUUUGCCUAUACUUUUAGGAGCUUUAUGGACCCAUGUCUGUAGACACCAAGCUCAGAAUCCUGCUGUAAUUCAGAGCCUGGGCCCGGAGCCAAUCUCAACUUCUACAUCUGUAUUUUUCACACUACGCUCUUAUGAAAUCUCAGGAUCUACUGGCAAAAAACUUCAGUUAAUACUCUGGCUCUACUGAAUAAUAUGAAUCUCAGUAAAAUAGUUAUAAUAACACCACUCACAGAGUUGAUGUAUGAUUUAAGAAAGAUGAUGAACGUCAAAGCAUCUAGCUCACUUCCUGGCACAGAGUAGUCGUUCAAAAGGUGUUUGUUUCCUUCCCAAGCUUACAGGAAGAUUAUGAGAUAAUGCUUGUGAAGGAGGGCUGUAAACGUAAAGUUCUGUACAAAUGUUGACUUCCAUUGUCACUCACCAGCCAGCGCUCCUAAAGUCCAGAACAUAACAACUCUAGAGAAAUAAAUUGACCCCAUUGUUCUAAGAGACACUGGAAUUCAAUUCAGUAAACAUUUACGCCCCUCCCCCCCCCCAAAAUGAUAAAGACAAUCGCUGCCAUUUAUUGGGCCUCCAAUUGCAGGCCCUGUGUUUGGCACUGGGAACACAAAGAUGAAUAGACAUCAUCCCAGAGCUAGAUGCACGUCAGAUGGUGGUCACUAGGAGGCGUGGCAGCGUGGCAGAUAACAAGAAGACCGUGACAUGUGGCAAGAGGUCUGUACAGAGGUGGGAGCUCCAGGAGACAGCGGCCAAGUGCCUGAGAGAGUUGGACGUGCUUCACCAAGAAGGUUGACAUCUGCCCUGGGCUUUGUAGGAUGAGUAGGAGUUCAGCAGGAGGAAGAACUUUCCAAACAGAGGUAACAGCUAAAUCACAGGCACAGGGUCAUCCGCCGCUCCGCCACCGAAUAACACGUCGGCAGGAGCAGGAGCCCCGCUCAGCGGAAGAGGAAGUGCGCCCGCGCGAGUGGCAUUGUGGGAUUUGUAGGCCCGUGGGUCAGGGUGUAGCUGGGGCUGGGACCUGUGGGCCCCUGAUGUGGAGCUGGGGCAAGCGAUGGAGAAGCGUAGGGCAGAGCCGCUGAGAGGGUUCGUUCUCCCCGGCGGGACUGUUUGCCACAAGGCGAGCUGGCGAGGGGGUCGGGCCCGGCACCGCACUUCCCAGGAGGCUGUGCGCGGCGGCGGGUCACGUGAGCGGAGCGCGGGCUUUGGAAGGCGUCGGAGCACGACGGGGAUCCGCGGCGGAGCUGAGGAGGGUGCGGGACUGAGCACCGCCCUGGGCAGCCCCGGACCGAGCGCUAGCUGUCGAGGCCUCGCGCCCCAAAGGCCAGAUCCUGGAUGAGAAACAUUUUGGAGACUUCACUGGUUUAGAUCUCUUUCCCGCCUCCCUCUGUUGGGGGUUGUGGGAGGCUAGCCGGCCAGCAGGCACUGACCUCCCUCCCGGUAAGCCUUCUAGCAAAGCAGGCAGCCUGAGGCCGGACCCAGAGGAUCGAGUGGCUUCUGCGGGAGGAACGGUUCCGAGCAGGAGAGCUAGAGGAUGGCGGGAGGAGGGCACGGCUGAGCAGCAGUGAGAAAGGGCGGGCCUUAUCCCAGCCUUGGCGUUGGCCCCCCGACUGUGAAGCUGUCCCUCCUCUGUGUUGCUAUGGGAAUUCAAGGCCUGGCCAAACUGAUUGCUGAUGUGGCCCCUGGUGCCAUCCGGGAGAAUGACAUCAAGAGCUACUUUGGCCGCAAGGUGGCUAUUGAUGCCUCUAUGAGCAUUUAUCAGUUCCUGAUUGCUGUUCGCCAGGGUGGGGAUGUGCUGCAGAAUGAGGAGGGUGAGACUACCAGCCACCUGAUGGGCAUGUUCUACCGCACCAUCCGCAUGAUGGAGAAUGGCAUCAAGCCCGUGUAUGUCUUUGACGGCAAGCCACCACAGCUCAAGUCAGGUGAGCUGGCCAAACGCAGUGAGCGGCGGGCCGAGGCCGAGAAGCAGCUGCAGCAGGCUCAGGCUGCUGGGGUCGAGGAGGAGGUAGAAAAGUUUACUAAGAGGCUGGUAAAGGUCACCAAGCAACACAAUGAUGAGUGCAAGCAUCUGCUGAGCCUCAUGGGCAUCCCAUACCUUGAUGCGCCCAGUGAGGCCGAGGCCAGCUGUGCUGCCCUCGUGAAGGCUGGCAAAGUCUAUGCCGCGGCCACCGAGGACAUGGAUUGCCUGACCUUUGGCAGCCCUGUGCUAAUGCGGCACCUGACUGCCAGCGAGGCCAAGAAGCUGCCCAUCCAGGAAUUCCACCUGAGCCGGAUCCUGCAGGAGCUGGGCCUGAACCAGGAGCAGUUUGUAGAUCUGUGCAUCCUGCUGGGCAGUGACUACUGUGAGAGCAUUCGGGGCAUUGGGCCCAAGCGGGCCGUGGACCUCAUCCAGAAGCACAAGAGCAUUGAGGAGAUCGUGCGUCGGCUUGACCCCAGCAAGUACCCCGUGCCAGAAAAUUGGCUCCACAAGGAGGCCCAGCAGCUCUUCCUGGAGCCCGAGGUGCUUGACCCAGAGUCUGUGGAGCUGAAGUGGAGUGAGCCAAAUGAAGAAGAGCUCGUCAAGUUCAUGUGUGGUGAAAAGCAGUUCUCUGAGGAGCGAAUCCGCAGUGGGGUCAGGCGGCUGAGCAAGAGCCGCCAGGGCAGCACCCAGGGCCGCCUGGAUGAUUUCUUCAAGGUGACUGGCUCUCUCUCUUCAGCUAAGCGCAAGGAGCCCGGACCCCAGGGAUCUGCCAAGAAGAAGGCAAAGACUGGGGCAGCAGGGAAGUUCAAAAGGGGAAAAUAAAUGAGUUUCCCUCAUACCUCCUUGACCCCAGAAUAUCUGCCUUAUGGUACCCUCAAGAGCUAGCACUAGAAAAACCUCUGGGGGCAGGGAGGGGAUUGCGUUGCUUCUCUGGCUCUACCCUUCUCAAGUAGUGCUUUUCCCUUUUGUACUUGAUCUUAUGGCAGGAACGCCAUAGAGCUACUUUGUUUUCUCUUUUAGCUCAGGAAAGUAUGUCAGGCUCAAAACACCUCUCAGGCAAUUUACCGGACACUGAAUCUAUUGUUAAAUGAAAGUGAUAGCAACAAGUUUUGAAGAGGGAGUGGGAGAUAAACGGUAGAGAUAGCAGGCUGGACAAAAAUGAUUUCCUGGCUGGCCAACUGGUGGCUGAUGGGAGUGGGUGGUGGAACCAGACUGCACUUCUCUCUGGCUCAGCCUUGACCCACCCUGUGAGACAGCCGUCAGGAAGUCAGAGUCUUAACAGAUGGGGAGAGUGCUGAGAACUAAGAUAGGCAGGGAGAGCUAGAGUCCCUGGAGUUGGCAGUAAGGGUCUGAUUACUGGUUAUGUGUCCUGGGGUGGGCAGAAACUUGAACUUGCUAUGUAACUUGAGUCUUCACAGUGGUUAUUUAGGGGCAUAAGAUGGCGAAAUUCUAAUGUCCUCUCUGAGGCAGUCAACUGAGUUGAGACUGGGAUAAGAUGCUAUUUUCAUGUGCUGUUUUGUUUUAAAGAUAUGAGAAAAGUCAAUAAAAUUAUAAAAGUAA